UAUUAAAAGCCAAAGCCUUUUGUUUUGUCUUCUAUGUUUUUUAAAACUGGUAGCUUAUUAUAGUUUCGUGCCAAAACCAAAGAUAUAAGAUGCUCAAGUGCCCAAGAAAAGCUUCUAGCGUUGGUAGAAAGUGACUCGUGAACUCAUCCUCCUUUUAUUAUCUGCCACAACCCAGAAUUCAUCAUCAUCAUCAUCAUCAUCUUUGUAUUUGGUUUUAGAUUCCACUUCUUCUCAUUGCUGGGUCACCGUUGGAUUCCUCUUCUGAGUUGUUUUCUCCUGGGUACCAUCCACAAAGUCAAAGGGGGCAUCCUUGUAAAGGGCUAUUUGCUCCUUACUACUGUGCUAAUGGCUAAUCUAUGAGAGAUGCUGAGAUCUAUGGGUACAUCAGUUGCACCAGUGGACUGUAUGGCGUCAUUGAGCACAGAUAUUUUUUAUGAUAUAUUGAGGCGUCUUGAUGGACCCACUUUGGCUAGUGCAGCAUGCACUUGUGCUGCCUUCUGUUCCAUCUCAAGAGAAGAGAAAUUAUGGGAAGAUGUGUGUUCCUCUUUGUGGCCUUCAACCAAUAGGGAAGAUGUAAAAAAUCUGAUAUCUUCUAUAGGUGGAUUCAGAAAGUUCUACGCAGAUUGUUUUCCCCUCAUUGUGAAUAAUGAAGUUUCUGAUUAUCAAUCGAAUGAAUAUUGGGAGUAUCCAGAAGAAUGGACCGAGGCUGAAUACUAUGGUGACAUGGAUGGAGUUGAGAGUAUUUCACCUUCAGAUUUUGUUUCUAUUGUAGAUAUAAGGUAUAAAGAGAAAACAAUUUGCUCAAAAGUUCUCUGGGACAUUCCAAAUGCAAAUAGCUUCAAUGGUUGGUUUUACAACUGUCCAUUUCGGAUUGAUCUUCUCACUUAUGCAGCCCGAGAUGAUGAUGAUUAUGGUGAAGUUAUACUUUCAGUUUCUGAUGGUUUGCCACCAAUCACAUCUUUGGAGAGAGAAAGGAAAGACGGGAAAUUAUGGCGGGAGCUUCGUGAUGGGCUCCAACUUAGUUGGAUUGUUGUGAACAAAAAAAUGAAGCAAGCUGCUAAUCUCGCCAGCUGGAGUGCUCUUGGCGGGCAAAGGCACUGGCCAACAGACAGAGAUUUUGUGAUACGCUUUGGAUCCAUACUUCCUGCAAAAGACAUUCUUCCUUGUCAAUUAGUGGAAUGCAUACUCAGUAUGAAGUUUAGAGUGGUUCACACUGAAGGAGAGGGUGUUCAGACAACUCUUAAGUUAACAGAGGUAAGCAUGCAGUUGGAAGACAUGGAAGGUUCUCAUGUCAAUGGAAGAAACAGUUUGCUUAUUCUAAGAGAGGCACUAAGCUGCCGUCGGAGUAAAAACUACAGCGAAGUACUUGAAUCUUGUCAUUUGUACUCAAAAGUGCAGAACCAGUUGAAAGAGGAGAAGAUGAGAAAUGAAAGCAGGUAAAGGGAAAGAAAAGCUCACCCAACCUUGAGUGGAGAGCUUAGGUGGUGAUGUGUACAUAUGCGGCUGCUUGACCACCACGACCAAGGAGUUCUCAGAGGAACUAGGGGGUUUACCCUAUUUUUGCCGCUUAGGUCGGCGGGUUUGAAAUUUUGAAACAGUAAUGACCUUUUUGAGUUGUAAAUAACUUGUCAAUGUUCUUGUGGGCCCAUGAACAGUUUUAUGCAUAUAAUAAAACAUAUCCGUUCCUUU